AUGCUGGGAGGCAUUAGGGAACAGCCAGAGGAAGCUCCCCAGCCAGCCCCUCGGCACAUCUUCCAGGAGAGGCAGAGGAUCACAGGUCUGCCUCUGUACUUCCAAGGUUACCUGUCUGUCCGGCACUCAAGAUGCCAGGAAUUUAGAGUGUAUUGGACAGAACUCAGAGGAACUACGCUCUUCUUUUAUGAUGACAAGAAAGCCCCAACAUACUCACAGAAAUUAGAUAUAUCAGCUUUGACCUCAGCCACCAGUGUUUACCCAGAUGAAAGUGGCUCUGCACAUUUCAUCCUGAAGCUGUCAAAUGGAGAACUAGAACUGAAGGCUAGUGACUGUGAAUGUGGGGAAGAAUGGAAGGGGUUUAUUCUCACCGUAACAAAGCUGUCAGUUCCAUCAGAUGAGUCAUUACUACCUGGGCAGCGUACAAGAAUGCAUGAAGUGCUGGCGAAGGAAAAGGAAAGAAGAAUUACACUGAACAACUGUUCCAGUGCAUCCUUGAACAGAAAAAGCCCUCCCAGCAGUACACUGACCACUAUGCCAGCGUGCUUCUAUGCAGUGUCUCGGCAAGAAGCGAUAAAGAUGUUAGAAAAGAAUCCUUCGUGUGGGAAUUUGAUCCUUCGUCCCAGCAGCGACAGCAAGAACUACGCAAUCACUGCCCGACGUGAGCUGGAUGACCCAUGCUUAAAGCACUUCAAAGUGAUGUCCAAAGGAACAAGUUACGUUCUCGAAUUAGAAAGACAG